AACGCACCCUCGCUCCCAUAAUAGACGGAGUAUAGCAUAUGUCAAAGUGGUACUGUAUAAUAUACUUAACGUCCUAAGAAGAAAGUUGUAGGUAGUUGUAGGUAUGCCUGUAUUCUGUCAAACAGUAACUAUCACAUUUGUGGUCACAUGGCUAAAGAGUUGCUAUCAUUCAGUACUACAAUAUCUGAGACCUGAAAGUAUGUCAAGGGAACAAUUGGAAAUUUGUGUGGUGGAUCCAACAGGAGAGCCUGAGAAAAGAAAGAAGAUAUGGCCUCAGCACUUGGCUGCAGUUCUUGCGACAAUGUCUGCUGCCUGUGCCGGUGCUGUGGACGGAUGGACUGCAGCAGGUAUCCCCCACCUUGAGCAGCCCUACAACCUAAGUGACAAUAUCACCAUCCCAGGCAUCACAUAUGAUGAAGGGUCCUGGAUCGGUUCCCUCUCCCCACUGGGUUCACUGGUUGGGGCCAUCCCAGCUGGGUACCUGGCCAACCUGCUGGGCCGGCGACUCUUGAUUCUCCUCAUGGCUGCUCCAAUGUUAUUGGGCUGGGUUAUGAUAGUGCUUGCUAAUAAUUCUAUUCUGGUUCUUUACACGGCUCGGUUCAUUCUGGGCUUCACUUGUGGUAUUAUCACAGUAGCUUCGCCCCUCUACAGCGAGGAAAUAUCUGAAGUCAGAAUCCGAGGUGCUUUGGGUGUUUAUCUAGACCUUAUGUUCAAUGUAGGCAUUCUGUACGUCUAUAUUUUUGGUGCCGUUCUCCCAUACCUUUGGAUGUCCAUUGCAUCCACCAUACUUCCAGUUCUGUUUGCUGUCUCAUUCUUUUGGAUGCCUGAGUCACCCAUCUAUCUUCUUUCCAAAGGCCGGAUUGACGAGGCUGAAAAAUCUUUGUGUUGGCUUCGAGGUGCUGGUAGUCAAUAUAGUGCUGAUAUUCAGGAUGAACUGAAAGAAAUGCAGAGCUUUAUAAAGGCAUCCAAAGUCAAUACUUCUGCAUCAAAUGAUAAAAUAUCUAUACCUGCCAUGAUAAGCAAAUCCUUCAAGAACAUUUCUUUUACAUCUGCAACAGCGAAGGCCAUGAAUAUUAUAUUUGGUUUAAUGGCUUUUCGUCAGCUGUGUGGAAUGAAUGCUGUACUAGCCUAUACUGUCGAAAUCUUCAAAGUAGCUGGCAGUUCCUUGAAUCCUCACCUGUGCACAAUUAUUGUUGGUAUAAUUCAACUUAUGGCGACUUUCAUACCUUCAUUCAUAGUUGACCGUGUUGGAAGAAGAGUCCUACUCAUAAUUUCUGGUGCAGGAAUGGCAGUGUGUUUGCUGGCAAUGGUAAUUCGUUUCUAUCUCCUUAAACAAGGAAUAGAUAUUCCAUUCAUGGGGUGGCUUCCUGUGAUUGCUGUAAAUUUAUACAUAGUAGCUUGUUCAAUUGGAUUUGGACCUCUUCCUUGGUUUAUGAUGCCAGAACUUUUAAGCAAUGAAGCUAAAAAUUGGGUCAGUUCAUUUGCCGUUUGCCUUAAUUGGGCACUGGCAUUCUUUGUCACAAAGUUCUUUCCCAUUAUGAUAAAUGACAUGGGUUCAGAGGCGACUUAUGGGACAUUCCUUGUCAUAUGUUUAUUGGGUACCAUAUUUAUCAUGAUUUUUGUACCAGAAACAAAAGGGAAAACCCGAGAAGAGAUACAUCAUCAGUUAUCAAGUAAAUGAAUGGAGUUUUCAUUCUACUCUUUGUUCGUUGUGCUGGAAUAUGAUAUUUCAUGUCAUUAUGAACGUUUAAACAAGAAGAUCUUGAAAUGAAUGACUUUUGUCAACCACCUUCCUACAAAGGCUACCAUUUGUGUAGAAAGACUAUCAGAAAUUUUAUAGAUAAUAAUUAUGGAAUUCAGUGGUCUAUUUCUCUGCAUAAAGAGCACUAGUAUAGACUCCCUGUACUUAAAACUUUCAAACAUACCAUAAACACUUCAUUUCAACAUUAUGUUUGUAAUUUGUAAUACAUAUAUGACAUUAAUUCAAAAUUUGUAAGAAUAUUUUUGCUUUACUGUCAUGCUAAAUUUUGUAAUCCUAGGGGAUACUGUGCAUUGGUUAUUGAAACCAACAGAAAACUAAGCAGAUAAUGGCAUGCUAUUUUACUUUGUACAGUGAAAUCAGUUGAACAGAAGUUUCAUACUUUUUAAGAGAUUUUAGGAUUAAUAACUUAUGUUAUAUUCCAAUGAUACAGUGCG